AGAUUCUACAUCCGGGUACGACGCAUUCAUAUAAAGCCAGCAGCGUUCGCAGUCGGAGGUUGUCAGAGAAGUGGAAGCCAAUGAUUCCCAUAUGUCCAGUGGUCUCCUUCACCUAUGUGCCCAGCCGGCUAGGUGAAGAUGCCAAAAUGGCUACCGGCGGCAAUUACUUUGGAUUUACCCACGGUGCUGCUGCGCAGUACAGUCAGCAGCCGGCCGCUGGAGUAGCCUACACUCAUCCUACCACAGUGGCCAGUUACACCGUGCAUCAGGCACCAGUGGCUGCUCACACUGUAGCCGCGGCCUAUGCCCCGACCGCUGCUACCGUCGCUGUAGCCAGACCUGCGCCUGUCGCUGUCGCAGCAGCAGCCACUGCAGCAGCUUACGGAGGAUACCAACCUGCCCACGCAACCACAGACUACAGCUAUGCCCAGCGCCAGCCUGAAGUGCCCCCACCACCGCCGCCUGUCACCUCACAGAAUUACCAGGAUUCCUAUUCUUAUGUUCGGUCAUCAGCUCCAGCUGUAGCCUAUGAUGGUAAACAAUACUACCAGCAACCCACAGCUACAGCAGCUGUAGCAGCAGCUGCUGCCCAACCGCAGCCCACGGUGGCUGAGACCUAUUACCAAACAGCCGCUAAAACUGGAUACAGCCAGGGCGCCACGCCGUAUACGCAGACUCAGCAGACUCGUCAGGUGACCGCCAUAAAGCCGGCCACGCAAAGUCCAGCCACCUCCACCUUCUCAAUCUACCCAGUGUCCUCCGCCGUGCAGCCGGUGGCAGCAGCAGCUGCUGCAGCCUCCGUGGUCCCGUCUUAUUCCCAGAGUCCUACAUAUAGCACCAAUGCCGUCACAUAUUCAGGCACCUCAUAUUCAGGUUAUGAGGCAGCCGUGUACUCCGCGGCGUCCUCUUACUACCAGCAACAACAGCAGCAGCAGCAGCAACAGCAGAAGCAAGCGGUUGCAGCUGCAGCAGCCACUGCUGCCUGGACAGGAAGCACGUUUACUAAGAAAACACCCUUCCAGAACAAAACGCUCAAACCCAAACAACCGCCGAAACCACCACAAAUACACUACUGCGACGUGUGUAAGAUUAGCUGCGCUGGGCCGCAGACGUACAAGGAACAUCUAGAAGGCCAGAAACACAAGAAAAAGGAGGCGGCGCUAAAGGUCUCUCAGAGCAGUAAUAGCAGCAGUGGUGGCAGCAGCUCAACUCGCAGCACACAGAACCAACUUCGCUGUGAACUUUGCGACGUUGCCUGCACUGGGGCAGAUGCCUAUGCUGCUCACAUCCGUGGAGCUAAACACCAGAAGGUUGUAAAACUCCACACCAAACUCGGAAAACCCAUUCCUUCUACAGAGCCGAGUGUGGUGACUCAGAACUCCACAUCCUCCACUGCAGCCCCCAGUAAAACAGCCAGUGCUGCCAUCAGCAGUUCCACCAGCAGCACUCCAUCUGCCAUGAACAUCUCUUCCUCCACCGGCUCCAAUUCCUCCUACCUGAAACCCCUCGGCAUGGUUAACAACACUUCGUCCUCAGCUGUGCAGGGCAAGAGUCCUGCUAACAGCAGCAUUUCCUCAACCGCUGCCACAAUCAAGAAAACCAACACACCCAAGAUAAACUUCAUUGGGGGAAACAAGUUACAGACCACAGGCGUUAAGAUGGACGAGUCAAAAGUUGAGGCAGCCAAACCUAUACAGACCUCGUUCAGCACACAGUCGCAGGAGGUUAAAAACGACAGUCCUGAUCCCAUGUCCCCUCAGUCAGCACUGGCAGCUUUGCAAAGUGAUGUUCAGCCUGUUGGACAUGACUACGUUGAAGAGGUUCGUAAUGAUGAAGGAAAAGUCAUUCGGUUCCACUGCAAACUGUGCGAAUGCAGUUUUAACGAUCCCAACGCGAAGGAAAUGCAUCUCAAAGGGAGGAGACAUCGUUUGCAAUACAAGAAAAAAGUAAACCCAGACCUCCAGGUGGAAGUGAAGCCCAGCAUUCGAGCCCGGAAGAUACAAGAGGAGAAGAUGAGGAAACAAAUGCAAAAGGAAGAAUACUGGCGACGCCGUGAAGAAGAAGAGCGCUGGAGGAUGGAGAUGAGGCGCUAUGAGGAGGAUAUGUACUGGAGACGAAUGGAGGAAGAGCAACACCACUGGGAGGAGAGGCGUAGGAUGCCUGAUGGCGGUUAUCCACAAGGUCCACCAGGACCUCCUGGUCUGCUUGGGGUGAGACCUGGAAUGCCCAUCCCACAGCCGCAAGGCCCUGUGCCUCCACGGCGCCCUGAUUCUUCCGACGAUCGUUAUGUGAUGACGAAGCAUGCUGCUAUUUACCCCUCUGAAGAGGAGCUCCAAGCCAUUCAGAAGAUUGUGUCAAUCACCGAACGUGCCCUCAAGCUCGUAUCAGACAUCAUUACUGACCAAGACAAGGGCAAAGAAGAGGACAAAGACAAAAAAGAGCCUCCCAAAGACAGAGCACUGAAGGGAGUGAUGAGGGUCGGUGUUUUGGCCAAAGGACUGCUCCUGCGUGGAGAUAAGACGGUCAACCUUGUUCUUCUUUGCGCUGAGAAACCCACCAAGAGUCUGCUGUCACGAAUUGUAGAGCAUCUACCUAAACAACUAGCACUUGUCACACCAGAAAAGUAUGAAGUGAAAGGCUCGGUCCAAGAAGCUGCAAUCAUCCUGACUUCCUCUGCUGAGCCCAAGAUGCAGGUGACAAUCACGUUGACCUCGCCAGUCAUCAGAGAGGAGAACACCCGGGAUGGAGAUGUAACCUCGGGUAUGGUGAAAGACCCAGCGGACGUCUUGGACAGGCAAAAAUGCCUUGACGCUCUGGCUGCCCUACGCCACGCUAAGUGGUUCCAGGCUAGAGCCAAUGGACUCCAAUCCUGCGUAAUUGUUAUUCGUAUCCUGCGUGACCUUUGUCAGAGAGUACCCACCUGGUCUGCUUUUCCAAGCUGGGCCAUGGAACUGCUUGUGGAGAAAGCCAUCAGCAGCGCGUCUGGACCGAUGAGCCCUGGUGAUGCGCUGAGACGGAUAUUUGAAUGUAUCGCUUCUGGCAUUCUGCUCCCUGGUGGCCCAGGCUUAAUGGACCCCUGUGAGAAAAAUCCAACAGAUACCCUGGGGGCAAUGGAGGAGCAGCAGAGAGAGGAUAUAACGUCUAGUGCGCAGUUUGCCCUGCGUCUCUUGGCAUUCCGUCAGAUCCAUAAGGUUCUUGGCAUGGACCCCUUGCCUCAGUUGAACCCACGCUUCAACGUGAGGAACAAUCGCAAGAGGAGGCGAGAUAACAGCGAUGGCACGGACGGAUUCGAGGCCGAGGGAAAGAAGGACAAGAAGGACUUUGAUGGCUUCUAAGAAAGCUUCACAGUCUCCCCCAUACCUUGUUCAACGUUUCUGUAUUCCAGUGGUGCGAAAGCUGAUUUCUUGUGGGUGUAUGCUCAUUGCUGCUGCUCAGUAAGAAUUUUCUGGCUCGUAAGAAGUCAGUUUAACAUCUUGAUGGCUAUCGGUUAGCUUCUAGUGCACAUAAAUGACACACGAUGGCAGCUUGGUCACCGUUAAGCUUCAUUUCAACAUUAUUUACUAAAAAAAAAAAAAAAUUAACAUGCACACAAUUAUUUUCCAACGCAGCAGAGUAAAAGAGCCUGUAACUGGAUUUAAUUUGAGACUGAUAGUUUAUUGUUCUAAUCAUUUGUGAUACUAAAUUGAUGAGGUUUUUUGCUUGUGCCGACCGUAAUUGUCAGGUUAGUUGUACACUCUGGGAAACAUUCUUCUAGUCUGAUGGUGUUUAACAUAUUUCAAGAUUUUGAGGUAAAAUUAACUUUCAUUUAAUAUUCAAAUAAACAGAAUUAAUAUAAAAAUAUGACUAAUAAAACGGGUUCUGUUUGCAGCAGCUGUCAAAUAAUGUUAAAUCAACCAUGGAGAGUCGGAGAUUCAUUUGAACUCUGAAGUCAUCUCAAACUCUGUUUUUAAAGGAAAAAAGAAAAGAUUACCCAUACAGUAGAAAUGAUUUAGACUUUUGUGCAUUUUAAGUAAGCCUUUUUUUUUUUUUUUUUUAUUUUUUUUUUUUCCCCGAUAUAUAUUUGUGUGUUUAACAGAGACAUUCCUCAUAACCAUAAAGCCUACGCUAAACUGUAACCCAUUCAUUGUGUGUAAUGAAUGGUGACUGGGCAUUUACUUAUAAAUUCGCUGCGCUAAUAAAACCUGCCGGUUCCCUUCACCUAGCGAUUGCCGAUGUACAUCUUUGGCUAUGUGUGAAGAAGGGGGGAGGGGGAAAAAAACCCUUUCUAAUCUUUUUAUGCUUAAUGCAAAUGAGGUGGAAUCCUUUUUUUUUUUUCCUCAAUUUGUUUGCAAGCUUCUGUUGCUUUGCUGUAAAAUGCUGAUUUCUGAGAGCAGACUUGGGCCCUGUAUAAAAAAAAAAAAAUGCUUGCUGCCCCCAUUUUCAGUAGUUCCUAAUUCGUUUCUGUAUUAGACAACAACAGAUACUUUAGAAAUAACCACAGCAUUUACAUGAGCAUGUCCCUAUUUUUUCCCCCCAUUGUGUUUCUAGUUUUUAAAGGAAAUGCCAGGCAUAGAGGGAGACAUUUAAAGCCUAUGUUUGACACAGAGAUCACUUAUUUGUAAUAGGCCCAAGUCUCUCUCAAAUCUUGUGUUCAUAGUGCUGUAAUCCCUAAAUCUAGAAGUGUACAUAUGCAUAUAAUCAUAUGUAGCUAUGUGUAGGCUAUGUUUGACCUUUAAUAUAUGAACAUAUAUCUAAUCUUGCAAUCAAGCUUCAAGAAAUUGUAUAAUUUUUAUGAAAGCAUGGCAGUGUUCAGAGUUUUGAUUUUUUUUGUUUUAUUGUUUUAUCUGUUUAGAUGAGCAGCUGCUUGCUCAUCACUUGUUUCACUAUUCAUUGUUUAAAAAAAAUCUAUUCAAGGGUAAAAAGAUGGGAAAGUGUUGGUUCUGUGUUUGUAAUUGCAGAUGUAGAUUGAUUCUUUCAGUAGACUGUCAUCCACCAUCAUGGUACUACUGCAUAACUAUAGACAAUAAAAACCUUCACUGAA